CCUUUAUUGGAGCUAUUUGAAGAUUUUUGAAAAGCUACAAAGCGGAAGGUAAUCUCCAUGGCUUGGCCAAUUGCAGAGGAGGCCAUUACCGACUUCUUCGGCACCAACAUUUUUCCGACAACCUUAACAAUGGUCGACUUAGGUUGUUGUUCUGGACCAAACACUCUCAUGCUUGUCUCCAAUCUCAUCAAACAAGUGGAGUAUCAAAUUUUCUUCAAUGACCUCCAUGGAAAUUACUUCAAUACCAUAUUUAGAUCGUUGCCAAGCUUCCUACAACAUUUGAAGACCCAAAUUGGAGCUGAUUUUGGUCCAUGUUUCUUCAAUGGGGUUCCUAAAGGGAUGGAGAAUAACAAAGGGAAUAUUUUCAUGGGUAGUACAAGUUCGAGGAGUGUGCUUGAAGCUAAUUAUAGGCAAUUUGGAAAAGACUUUUCGAUGUUUUUGAGGUGUCGUGCCGAGGAAUUGGUUGUUGGUGGACGGAUGGUUCUAACAAUUCCAGGAAGAACCAUGGAAGAUCCAUCCAAUAAAGAAUGCAAUUAUGUUUGGGGGUUUUUAAAUUCAGCUCUCAAUAUAAGUAUGGUGGUUGAGGAAAUUUUAGAAGAGGAAAAAGUGAACUCAUUCAAUGUUCCAAGCUACAUGCUAUCGGUAUUGGAAUUGAAAGUCGAGGUCUUAACCGAAGGAAGUUUCACUAUUAACCAUGUAGAAGUCUCAAGAAUUGAUUGGAGUUUUUACGACAUUGUUGACAAUGGUUAUGAUUUUGUGAAAUACGUACGAUCCGUAGUUGAACCACUUCUUAUUCAUCAUUUUAGAGAAGCAAUUAUAGAUGAACUAUUUUGUAGAUAUAGAAAAAUAGUUGCUGAUCACAUAUCAAAAGAGAAGAUUGAAUCUGUUAACCUCACAGUCUCUCUGACUAAAAUAAAUGGUGAAAAUUAACUGGCUUUCUUUUUUUCCUUUUUAUUUUUUAAGAAAUUGGUACUACAUUAUGUGAUGUUAUGAAAGAACAUUACGUCGUUAAAAAGAUUGAAACUACAUUA